GUACCUGGUAUGGGUGCUGAUGUAAGCAUCCUGAGCAAGCGCCCAAACCGAGCUGCCUGAAGCAGGCCCACGACCAUCUCGUGCUGCGGGGAGUCAAGCGAUUUUUCUAUAUAUUUUAUUCGGGGAGCUACCAGAGUCUCGGCAAUCGAAUGCCAGGUCAUCAGCUUCGGAUGCACUCCGACUCAAACUUUGCACCUUCGAUUCUUGCUGGUACUAAUUCCCGUGAAUCCCAACAAUAUCUGGCAUUUCCGACAGCGUUCACAUCUGUGGUGCCCUCUAACAGCGCGGCUGGGCAACCAUAUUUCCCGUCAUCAUCUACAGAUAACCAGAUUGGGCUUCUCUCCGGAACGGGUACAACCGUGUCGCCCGCCUCAGCUUACCCCGCUUCUGCGGAAACGGACGACGUAAAGCAACAACACUUUCUCUCCCCCCAAGAUACACUUCAUAUUAAGAACAUGAAUACCAAUUCAGCCGGCUCAAGCGGCUCGCUAACGAAGCGCCCGGCAUCAGGUCCUGAUCUUAGGAGUUCAGAUGGUAACCUGCCCAAUAAGAAGCCCAAGCUGGAGACCGAGGCUAGUCGGAGCCAUCACGACGAUCGGGAUGGGGAAGAAGAGGACGUGACUGUCUCGACCCAGCCACAAGUCAAGGUUAAGGCAACAAGGGGCUCGAGAGCAUGUACUGUUUGCCGCCGGCUGAAGAUGAAGUGCGUUGGCGCAGAAAACGGUCCACCAUGCAAGCGUUGCAUCGCGGGGAAACAUGAAUGUAUUUUCGAAGAGUCCAAUCGCGGCAAGCGAUCCUCUAAAAAACACGAAGUCCUUACCAAAUCAAUCAAAAAAAUGGAGCUUACUCUUGAAACUGUCAUGAAAAAUUUAAACAACCCCGCGCUGGCAUCGCUUAUAACACAGAGCAAUACUACGACAUUGCACGCUGCCUCCACCGACGGUGUUGCUGAGCGCUCGCAUAGUCGGAGUGCAAGCCCAAUCGUUCAGGCUAGCAAUGGGCCACACCACGCACCCCGAAUAGCGAUGGACUCUCCACUAGACGUGGUGAAUGUACACAUUCUGAGCCCCGCGAACAGCACGACCACCACUGGACGAUCGCCUCUUCCAUCCACAAAAUCCGUAACAUCAUCCAUUACAAGAGUUGCAGAUGCACGUUCUCCUUCCUCAGUCGCCGGCGCAGCCCGCUCCAUGUCAAUGUCCCAACAACCCCUUAGCCCCCAAUUAUCUUCCCACCUCCCAGACAAUAGCCUCAAUCCAUUGGGUCUUCUGGCAGAAGCGAGCCUCAGCAACCGCCGGUCGAUUCAGAAGGCUGGUGGGGUUGACGACGAUACUGAAGCAGCACAUAUGGUGGAGCAAGCUGUGAAUGGGUCUAUGGACGAAGAUGGAACAGCCAAAACAGGCCCGUAUGCUGCUCCUGGGAGGAAAGUGGGCGUGGCAAACGAUUCGUACUUCCGUCCGAGUCCGAUUAGCAUUCUGCCGUUGAGAAGGUUGUUUAUUGAGCGACAGGUUCAGCCAGAAAUGCUUGGAUUGGUCACGACAGAGGAGGUAGUUGAGUUGUUCAAAAUAUACUUCGAAAAGAUGAACCGCCAUUGUUGCUUGCUUAGUCAAGACUUUCAUACUCCCUCGCUUGUUUGCUCCAGAAGUCCUUUCUUACUAACAGUUGUGUGCUCGAUCGCAUCUAAAUUUUACACUCCCCGACCAGACUUGCAUCCGCAGCUUGUCAAAAUCUCCAGGAAACUUGCAUUCUCUGUCCCUGAAAGAGGGUUCAAGAGUCUUGAAAUCGUCCAGGCUUACCUGUUACUCGCGCUCUGGGGAUGUGGGCCCGUGGAUAGGUAUGAACAAGAUAAGACAUGGUUGUUGUUGGGUUUGGCAAUCCGGAUGGGGACCGAUUUGAAUUUGCAUCGGAAGGUAGCUGGAUUACCGUCCGAUGCCCCUCCGGCGGAGUGGAGAGCGAGAGAAAGGGAAUUAAGAAAUCGGGAGCGGACCUGGAUUUUGUGUUACGUGCUCGACAGAAGCUGUUCUGCUCAGAUGGGCAAACCACAUUCCGUUAUUGAAGAUUAUAUCAUUCGGAAUACCGCAACGUGGUAUAAACUACCCGAGUGCAGAACAACCGAUGCUGGCCUGGUUGCGUACGCGGAAUUGCAACGUAUCAUGUCGAGAAGCUUGGAUUUUCUCUACUCUGGUACCUCGACUACUUCAGGAUUGCACACGAACACCGAUUAUCUUUUGGUGAUUAAGACUAUCGAGAGUCAAAUCUUGACCUGGUCGGAUUAUUGGGAUUAUCGUAAUUUGUCCAAGAAUGGCGGUAUUGACGUGGAGCGAAUUACAGCGGCUGAAGGAUCAUAUGUCUCAACUAUGAUACGAUUUUAUCUUAAUUAUUCGAUGCUUGUAGUAAAUUCCUUUGGGCUUCAAAACGCGCUGGAGCAUGCACCGCUGGAUACAGGGCACUUCUUUGGGAGGUGUUACUCCUCUGCAGUGGCCUGCGCAGUCAUCGUGAGGGAUGAGCUCGGGCCGCAAGGUUACCUGAGGUAUUCGCCUGAUUCACAUUUUGUAUUUUCCAGUUAUGUGGUACUAAUGUUGCUCAAAGUAAGUUUAUCAACAAUUUCGCUCCUCAAAUUACCUCCUAGCCGCUGAUGGGACCCUUGUCAAUCUCCUUAGCUCAUUAGACCUGAGUUCCAGGCGUUCAUGGAGAGUGAGCAGCGCACCUUAGCCCUGGUUCUCGGUGUUGCCGAUACCCUUGAUUCGGUCGCUAUUUCACCCACGCAUACUCCCGCUCUCUACAGCACCUUCCUCC